AACCUUUCUCUUACUUUUUUAUUUUAUUUUAUUUAGAUUAUCCAUUUUGAAAAUUCCAGGUCAGACCCAGGAAUAAAAUAAUAAAUGUUUUUUCUUUUUGGUUUUGGAAAUAUUAUUGAAAUUUCGAGUUAGUAUAAAUAGCAAGUUGGUCCCAGAAAAGAGCCAGAACUAGAUUAUUAGUGAAGGGCAAGACCACCAAAUCAAAAGGCACUUGGUAGAAAAAAUUAAGCUGAGAAAAAUGGGAAGAGUCACGAAGCUUCACUCUAACAAAACGGUUUCUUGGGUCAGAGGAAAGUGUAUAGGCAAAGGUUCGUUCGGCGCCGUCAGCUUAGGAGUCGACAAAUCGGACGAUCGUGUUUUCGCCGUCAAAUCAGUUGAUCGGACGGCUUGUAUUCCUAGUCAGCUCGAGGCUUUGGAGAACGAAAUUCGAAUCCUCCGAUCACUUUCUUCUUCUCCUUAUGUGGUUCAGUACCUCGGCGACGACGAGUCGUACGAAAAGACGACGUCGUUCAGGAAUAUCCACUUGGAGUACUUGCCAGGUGGCACCGUCAGUGAGGAUCAUGAUGACGUGGAUGAAUUGACGUUACGAUCUCGAAUUUGGUGCUUGGUUUCCGCGUUGAGGUAUGUACACUCCAGGGGCAUUGUCCACUGCGACGUCAAGGGCAAAAACGUCUUAGUGGGUCACGCUCCUGGUCUUGCUAAGCUCGCGGAUUUCGGGUCGGCGAAGGAAUAUUCCUUACUCAAUUCCGGAGGUCCGAUUUUGCCCAGCGGAAGUCCACUGUGGAUGGCGCCGGAGGUGGUUCGCGGGGAAUCCCAGGGCCCCGAGAGUGACAUAUGGUCCUUGGGAUGCACGAUCAUCGAGAUGGUCACCGGGAAGCCCGCUUGGGAGGAUCACGGCGUCGACACGCUGAGCCGAAUCGGAUUCUCCGAUGAGUUGCCCGUUUUUCCAGAUACGUUAUCGGAAACGGGCCGAUAUUUUAUCCAGAAGUGUCUACGUAGAGACCCGACACAGCGGUGGAGCUGCAGUCAGCUUCUGGAGCAUCCGUUUUUGGCGUCGGCAACUCCCGACUCGGUCGCAAACUCAUCUCCUCGGUGCGUCCUCGAUUGGGUCAACUCUGAGUUCGACAAUGAAGAAGAAGAAGACUUCGAAUUCGGGGAAGAAGAAGAAGCUCUUUCGGCGAAGAAGCGAAUUAGUAAAUUGGCUUCAAGCUUAGGGGCAAUAUGGGAAUCAGACGGUUGGACAGUUGUGAGGUCAUCCUCUUCGACCAGUGAGCAAGAAACAGCAUGUGAGAAUAGUUCUGCAUCCCAUGGCAAAGGGACAAGUUUAGAAUAUUCGGAUAUAGUGAGGGCAGAAGAGGAAAUAGUUGGAACAAAUUCGGAAUAUUCUGAUUUUAGAGGGACUAAUUUGAAAUAUUUGGAAAUUGGUGAUAGUGUUUUACACGAGCCUGAAUGGGCGAGUAAUUGGAGGCGCGAUGGUGGUGGAUGUAGUUGGGGUAGCGGAGGGUGGUGGUGCGCAGUUGGCUCGAAAUGUCGGCAUGGAUUCCAAAGGCUUGAGUUAACAGUGGAUAGGCACAGAAUAUGUUUUUACAGCCUGUACAUUGUUAUUGUUAUUUUUAUUACUUUAUUAUUUUCGUAUUCUUUCCCAAUAAUAAUAUUAUCCACGAAUAAAUGCAGAUAUUUUCAUGAGUUACAUUGAUA